AAACCAGCCCAGUCCUUCCACACCCCUUGGUGAGGCAGUGCCUGGCGAGCGCCUCUGCCGCUCACGGGUUCCUCACCAUGCACUGUUCCAGGAUAAGGCUCCCCAAAAUUGCCAAAGCCCUGAUUUGCCUCGUUGUUGUAACACAGUUCUGCCUCUUCCUUGGAAAUUCCAGCUCCUUGUUUGACUUGGCGAAGAAAAAGAUUUUCAGGAAAUUGAACAUUUCCCAACAUGCCCCAGAGACUCAACAAGUGGACCCCCAAGAGCAACAGGGUUUAAACUGUUCUGGUAAUGGGAACUCCAGGAGCAUUUUAAAGGUGACUUUGGGAGGACGCAUCACAAGGCUCAAUGAUGUGGUGGAGAAGACACCAAGAUGGAAAGGAAAGGAGGAGCAGAAGGAAACAAUGAAACCUGUUAUGAGUGUUAAGGAAGCAAAGGAGAACAUGGCUGUGAAACCAACACCCCAUUUGGAGGGAAUCAAGAAGACAGCAGUGAAAACAACCCCUGUGGUGCACGGAAACAAGGGGAAAACAACAGUGAGAACAUCUCCAUGGGUGGAAGAAACCAAGGAAGAGACAACAGUGAAACCACUUCCCAGGGAGAAGGGAGGCAAGGAGAAGGCAACACUGAAACCAUCCUCUGGGGUGAAGGGAGGACGUGAAAACAACACAUCUGAACACCAAGCAAAACCCAAAGCACCUCCUGCAUCAAUGAACACUGCCAGACCUACUCCUCAGGUUGCUGCUGUGACACAGAAGAGGAAACUGAGCUCUGCUAACUUCACAUCUGAGCCACAGUGGGAUUUUGAGGAUGAUUACCUGCUGGAUAACUCCUCCCUACCCUCGACCUGCUCUGAAUCAGUGAGGGCCAGGGCUGCCAAGUCUGCCUGGCUGGGGGAUCUUUUCCUGCCCAACAUCACACUCUUCAUGGACAGGAGAUACUUCAAUGACAGUGAAUGGAACCGCCUGGAGCAUUUUAUACCCCCCUUUGGCUUCAUGGACCUGAAUUAUUCACUGGUAAAGGAGGUCAUAUCCCUGCUGCCCCCAAAGCCCCACCAGCAGCUGCUCCUGGCCAACCAUGACAGCAGCAUGCCCACGUGCAUCAGCUGUGCUGUCGUGGGGAAUGGAGGAAUACUGAAUAACUCUGGGAUGGGCCAGGAGAUUGACUCCCAUGACUAUGUCUUCAGGCUGAGCGGGGCUGUAAUCAAGGGUUACGAAAAGGAUGUGGGAAAAAAAACCUCCUUUUAUGGAUUCACAGCCUACUCCCUGGUUUCCUCUCUUCAGAUCUUGGGACACAGAGGGUUCAGCAACAUCCCACGGGAUAAACAUGUCAGAUACAUUCACUUCCUGGAGGGAGCAAGAGACUAUGAGUGGCUGGAGGCUCUUCUGUUCAACAAGGAGAUCAGGAAAGGAUUCUUGAACCUCAGCGGGCAGAAGCCUCGGCAGAAAUUUGAUGAAGAUUUCACAAUGGACAAAUACCUGGUGGCUCACCCUGAUUUCCUCAGAUACAUGAAAAACAGGUUUUUAAAGUCUAAAAAUUUGGAAAAGCACUACUGGAGGCUGUACAGACCCACAACAGGAGCCUUUCUGCUGCUGACUGCUCUCCAUCUCUGUGACCAGGUCAGUGCCUAUGGCUACAUCACAGAGGGACACGAGAAGUACUCGGAUCACUACUAUGACAAGGACUGGAAAAAGCUGAUUUUCUACAUUAACCAUGACUUCAACCUGGAGAAGCAGCUGUGGAAAAGGCUUCACAAUGAGAAUAUAAUGAAACUUUACCUGAGAACCUGACUGCAGCAACGGCAUUUGCCUGGGAAAUCUCAACAACACUUCACUGGGAACUGAAGAGGAUCACCAGAGCCAAGGUCAGCUCUGCACUACCAGGCACAUUUCAUCCCCCCAAAAACAUUUCCCUCCUUCAGCACCUCUGUUAUUUCACAACACUUAAACAAAUAUGUGAAUGCUGCAGACCCAAGACCAACAGAAAAUGCAGCCUGCCAACAAAGUCCCACCUGGCUGUGCUGCAGGACUCUUGCUGGUUGUUGUAGGCAUGGGUAUUAUGAGAGCAGAAUCCAGGAUGGAUAUGGUCCUGUGUGUAAUUUCUCUCUUUGCAAGGAGAUGCUCCUCAGGCUGGGGCCACUUCUCUUCUGGGUGGAUCCUCUCCAUGUGCAAUGCCCAUUUUGGAGCUGGGUAUUGUCUAAACAAACUCCCUGAGGAGCUGGAAUGGAUGGAGGUGAAAACACAGAUUCUGUUUCAGGUUGACUUAAUUUCUUGGGAGGGGGCUGCACUCACUCUGCUCCCUGGAGAUAAAAAGGAUGGACUGGACACUUUUAGAUGACCAGUUUGAGAGAGAAUGAAUUUCACUUCUGCUACCUAGAGUGGCCUUGCUAUGACACUUGCAGAGGAGCACUGCCAUCAACUCCAGGGCAGGUAGCUGCUCUCCAUGGUGCAGCACAUCUCCUCUACCUGGUGCCUCUUGCCCCAGGGCUCCCCUGGCUGCACAAAAUGUGAAUUUUGUGGCAUGGAUCUGAUGUGCCAAGUCCUUGCAUAGCUCGACUUUGUUGUGCGUGGCUCCCAGCUGUGUUUGUCCUGUUGGGAGGAGAGGUGGAAGCUCUCCAAGUCCAGGGAUGGAUGCCAUGUGUCCUUGCUGCUCAAGGGCCUGUCCCCCAUGAUGCUGAGAGGGGCCCAGCUGCAGCAAGCACACCUGGAGUGUGUUGGCCUCCUGGAAGGGGUUUUGUAAGCAAAAUAAAUGGCACUACUUUGGCCAAGCUGAUCUUUCAGCAGCCCUGUGGGUUGUGGUUAUUUAGUGCACCCAGAAUUUAUGCUUUGAAGGCUGAGAUACAGCAGAUGGCAAAGCCAGGAAAGUACAGGGCUGAGGGAUAAUGAGAUUACCUCCAUCUGGAGAAGCUCUGCAGCUUACGUGGACACACCUGAGCAUCCCCCACCUGUUUACCUUGCAGGGCAGGGAUCAGAACCAGCCCAGCACCUCCCUGAGGAAGUGGGUGAACACCUGGCUAGUCUGCCCUUGUCCCAGGAACUGCUCUCCAAGUGUAUCAGAUAUUCAAGAAAAAUGCAUGAAGGGCUGGAUGUUUCCCCUAUGACACUGUGCAGGCAAAAAGCCACCUCCAGUGUCCCACAGGUCCAGAGCAAGUCCCUAGGGUUAACCAGCUGCACACUCACCAGACCUGCUUUGAUUGGGAGCGUUUUUCCAUUUUUGUUGGGGGCAGCAGUGUCUCCAGGGACUCUCUGGGCUCCAAGGAAGGCAUUUCAGCCAGGACUGUCAGCAGGGUUUGUCAGGCUUGACUUCCUUUUUCCCUUUUUCCCUUUUUCCCUUUUUCCCUGUGCUGCAGAGAGGCCAGGCAGUUUCUCAUGUCUCACUGAGCUUGUUUGUGAAGGACAACCACCCACACUGAGGAUGUAAAUGCAGAAUUCAGCUUCUCUGGAGAGGGUGUAGCCUGUGCCUGGCUGCUGCGCCCAGAGCAGCCCACGGUGUCCCAAAUGCCUGUGGGAGCAGGGAGCUGUCCCAAGUGCACGCUGCCUCUCUUGGGAAUGGUGCAGCCCUGUGGGAAUGCCAGGCCCAGAGGGAGCCACGGGCUUUGCAGCAGGCCAGAAAUCCUUCUUGAGCAGCAAACAGGGAAGCCUGAGUGAGGCCUGGUCACCAUCCAGAGCUGCCUGAGGAGAAACUCCUGCACCCAGGAGCUCUGGGCCUCCUGGAUGCUUCAGCCCCUGUGGUGGCUGUGCACGCUGUCCCCAGGUGGUGUCCCCUGUCCCCAGGCCCUGCAGGCUCUCCCUGAUGGGCUGUGGGUGGGCAGUGAGGCAGUUUUGUUCCUUGCCUGUCCCUCAGGCCAUACCACAUUGCUGAGGGUUGCUUAGUGACCAGCUCCACCGGGUAUUGGGUAUUCUUCCUGCCUGAAUAGGGCUUUUCUCUCCCCGACAAGUUGGAAGAAGUUUCUCUUAGACCUUUCCCUUCCCCCUCCUCCUCUUUUGUUCCUCUGUCCUUUGGGAAGCAGGAAGGGGCUGGGUCCCUCUGAGCAAGGGUUCCCCAGUGGGUGAGGGGGCUUUGAGAGGGGCUGGCAGCCCCAGCCCACACUUUUCCCUGGUGUUGAGGCUUCCCAGAGGCAAGGGAAGGAGACUUCCCAGGAGGCUUUCCCCAGAGCCUGUUCCCUCCAGGCUUUUCUCUCAGCACAGCUGAGUUUGAUGUUAUCAGGGAUAAUCUUGGCUGGAGAAGGGCCUUUGCUGUGGCCUGAAGUUUCCCAGGGAGCUCAAAGCCACAUCCUUCUUGAUCCCAGGAAAGUGACUCUGACCUGAUGGUCCCCCCCACUGUGACACACAAAGCUGUGUUUCGUGUCACGUACAGACAGGCAAUGUGUGUAUUUGUGAUUGUGCUAUGUGUGUGGAAACCGACCACGGGACAGUUAUAAAGACGAAUUCUAAUAAAUAACUGAGGAAGUAAAGCAUGGAAGAAGGCCUUUGAACCUAUCCUUUGUUUGCAAUUAACCUUUAUAAGUCUUAAGUUGAUUUAGGAGCAUUUGAAUUAAAGCUUUAAGGAUGUUGUUUUUGACAGGAACUUUCUGCUUGUAGUUAAGCCUUAAAGAGUUUUGCAAUAAUAACCUUUUGAAGUAUAAUUUUAGAAUACUGCUUGUAGUAAGGAUCUUUUGAAAAUAUAGCUUUAGAAUACAUAAAAAGGAAGCAUUCAGCUUGAGAAAGGAAGAUGGACAUCAACUCAAGGACUAAUAGUCUUGACCAAGGGAAGCUGGGCAUCACUGUUAUGAGAUUUAUAGUCCUUGUAAUCAAAAGGUGGACCCACAUCUGGAGAGCUGGACCUCACCAGAUGGCAUACUCCUUCCUUCUUUCAGAAAACACCACCACCUGGGAUAUUCCUUUUGGGAUGUACAUCCUGAGAAAACCUAAAUCAUAAUAGUGUGUAGAAUUGUGAUGUAAAAAUUGGGAAUAGAAACUGCUGAUGAGUAAAAAUUGGGAAGAGAAACUGCUGAGAAAGCUUAUGGGUUUCCCUAUAAAUACCUGUAAGCCCCAGCUAUGGGUGUGCAGUUGGAGGGAAAACUCCCCCACUGUACCCAGUGCUGUGUUGCUCAUACUUUAUCACAUUAAUUAAUAAAUUGAUUGCUGCUUGAA